CGCUGGCAUUUUGAUGCGUCCCCGCUCGGGGUUCGGGCGCCAGCGUCGCGGCGCGAACUACGCCGAGCCUCAGUUAGCGCCAGCCGCGUGCGGAGAUAUGUCUUUGUUAGUUUGUGCUGCAGGAAGGCCCGUGUUUUAUUGAGUUUAUGAGAAGCCGGUAAUGGCUUAGCCGGCACGAGCGCAGGUCGCAGAAAGCAUGGCCAGAGUGCAGGUGGUCAGGUGGACUUGGGCUAUGUUGGCUGGACUGUGCGCUCUGGCCACAUGCGAAGUACAACAGCAAUGUCCCUCCCGUACGGAAAUGUCACCAUGUUUGUGUAUGACGAAAAAGAAUGGCCUCGACAUCUUGUGCGAGUUCACCGACCAGCAGCACAUCGUAGACGCAAUGAGUAUAUUGAAGAGGAAAUCACAAAUAAUAUUCUACCUCAAGCUACGUCACAACAACCUGAGGAAACUGCCAGGAUUCGUGUUUCUAGGGCUGGACAUACGACAUCUAACAAUCCACAACAGCAGUCUGAGCGUUGUGGAGGAAUCCUCGCUGAGUUCGAUAGGUAAAAUGCUGACGCAGCUCGACGUAUCACAGAACAGCUUAACCACCGUACCAUCUGCCGCAUACAGAAAUCUACAUCAGCUUCUCAUCCUGAACAUGAACCACAAUAAAAUAAGCAGUUUACACAGCAGAGCGUUCCAGGGACUUGACACCUUGGAAAUCCUCACCUUGUAUGAGAAUAAAAUAACAUCGAUCGAUUCAGAGGCUUUUCUUGGCUUGGAGAAAAAGCUGAAACGGCUGAAUUUGGGAGGAAACAGUCUGACGGAAAUUCCACAAAGGGCUCUGGCCCCUCUGGAUAUGCUGAAAAAGCUCGAGCUGCAAGAGAAUAGGAUUUCUCAGAUAAGCGAGGGCGAUUUCGCAGGUCUGAAAAAUUUGGAUUCGCUCGGUUUGGCGCAUAAUAGCCUGAAGGAAAUUCCAUCUAGAGUAUUCUCUCAUCUUACACUUCUGAAUUCCCUCGAAUUAGAUGGCAACAACAUUGAUACGAUUCAUCCUGAAGCUUUUGCUGGAUUAGAAGAAAACUUGCAGUAUUUACGACUAGGUGAUAACAAAAUCCAUACGAUCCCAACUGAAGCCUUGAAGAGGCUGCACAGGUUGCGUCAUCUGGAUUUAAGGUCUAACAACAUCAGUUAUAUUUCCGAGGAUGCUUUUGCUGGCUACGGAGACUCCAUCACAUUCCUCAAUCUUCAGAAAAAUGACAUCAAUACCUUAUCUGGAAUGACAUUCGAUAAUUUGAAUUCCCUGGAAACAUUGAAUCUUCAAAACAACAAACUUCUUCAUGUACCAGAAGAAGUUAUGGAGAAUGUUUUGGACACACUCCGAGUGAUCGAUUUGAUGGACAAUCCUUUGAUAUGCGACUGCGAUCUUCAAUGGUACAGAAAUUGGAUAAAGGGGCUGAAAGAUAAGGAUGACGAGAUGAUGCAGAAAAAGAGGACUGUAUGUUUAUACUCUCAGGAUCAAAGGGAGUACAGUUUGCAGUCUCUACCCCUAGAAAAGAUGAACUGUGUAAUCAAAUCUUACGAUUCUCUGAACAACAAUGGAAAAUCAGCCAGAAUUGAGUUAAUGGCGCCAAUAACCAUAAGUGUUUUAGCUUGCACCGUGAUAUUCUUUUAACGAAAGAUUUGGAGAGAAUCGAUUAGUCUUUAAGGAUAUUCUGAAUUUGAUCUUAUACCACGAAAAGUGUUAUAGGAAAAUUUUCAGGCUAUUUUAAUUUUGUUGUAGUUCGAGUAAUGGUAGAAUAUAGUCCGUAGUUAGUUUCUGAUAGGAUCAAAAAAUUAGGUAAAUAUAUUUUUUAUUCACGAACGUCAUGAGGUUCUUUGAUAUUUUAUUUCUACUCUGUAGCAUAAAAAGUAAUGUAAACGUUUCUCUUAGUUGUUCUAUUUCGAAAGAUAUCCAGAAACCGCUUUUCUAAGCUAGAUCAAUUCAAAUUUCUCCAAAUUUUCAGUGUUCAAUAUUGGACUGUGUAGUUGGAAUGUGAAGAAUUUAUAUCGAAACAUAUCAAACAUUUCGAGAUGAAAGUAUGAGGUCACAAACGUUAAGGAACUUUUUCAAUAUAAAAGUAUUGGACAGUUUUCAUCCUCAUUUUUCUCUCGAAUGAAGAGGUAACUUUUGGACUGAUUCAGGAGUACCACCGUUUCAUUGAUGUCCCAAUAUCCUGUAGUAGUUGUCAAUUUAUCUAUCUAUCUUGAUGUACGCUAGAUGUAGAGUCUUUCUUCUGAAUGUAUUCUGAGUCAUUUAAUUAUUUUACGAUUUUUAUGUUGAAUCCUUAUUUGAUAUCGCACACCAAGCCUUAAUAUUGGGACAAGCAGUAUUCUGCUUGAGUAACAUAUCGUGGUGGAUACUUGAAAUUUAUCCAUAUCAUACGUGCCGCAAUAAGUAGGUGGAAAAAUUAUCGGGAAAUUCUCGAUCAUCGGUAUCUGAACGUUUCACGAGACAGGGAAAUUCUCUAAGGGGAAUUUUCUGAACGCGAUGUACCGAUUUUGAAUUAAAUUGCAUCAGCCAAAACUUGUGAGCUUGAUAUAAUCAUAUCAUUAGAUUUAAAGUACCUAUAUUUAAUAUAUAUUAUAUAAUUGGUAAGUAAUAGAUCAGAGUUUGGUACAUUCAUUUAUGCACUAAGUACAGUGUGAUAGUAAAAUUCCUUCUGAUCAAUUGUAACGCAAAAAUUCGAUGUUCAUUGUGACUGAAAUAGCUCUACCCGUACCUUAACCAUCUAGAGAAUAGAUUCUUCCACCUUUUGAGGGUAAAUGUGGGUUGUUUUGAUAACUCGAACAGAUUUUUGGAUAGGAAUAUGAAUGUCAAUUAUUGGUCUGACAUACUAACCAUACAUAUCAGCAUAAAAACCUGAAAUCUCAUUGAGUGCGAAUGCCAUCUGGGAAUUUCAAAAUGAGAAGAUUCUGAUUGGAAUUCAGGUUUCAAAUUCCCAAACCUUUGCGCGGUUACCAUUGAAAAAUUUGGGAUUUUACCGGGAAAAUUAAAAAUUUUCCCCAUCAUCUAACAUAUCAUUUUCCGAUGUCUGCGAUAAAAUAUAUGUACACGUAUUGUCAAAGAUAUUUUGUAGGGUUAUAAGAAGUAAAAUAUGAAAAUUUGACGAGCGAGAGAUAUUUUAGUGAAGAAGUUUAUUGCAACCCUGUCCUCUCUGACAGCGUUGCCAGACCAUUUCAAGACAUAUCUGAUCGCGACGUUGCCGAGCUACACGUUUUUAUGUCAAGCUCAAAGAAACCAUCAGAUUUAAUAUUUUUCUAAUAUUCUAGUGUCAGGUCGUUAUCACAUAAAAACGUGUAGGAAACGUCCGAUCGCGUAACAUUUUUACGAUUUUACCAUAUAUGAUAUUUCUGGUAGGUGUUAUAACUGUGCACUACAUUGAAUAUCCAGAGUUAGGUUAUAUUCAUCUUUGACAAAAUGGCUGUUGUGUUUUGUGUCAUAAUAUAUCCCAGUUAAUACUAUUCAAUGUUUCAGAAAUGUAAUAUUCUAUGUAUAAUGUGAAACUUAAAUAAAGAGAAAGUUUACGCUGA